GGGAGCCGGGAGCCCGGGAGGAGGUGGGAGGGGAGGAGGCAGCGUCUGCAGUCAACACACAAAGGCCGUGCGUGCUCAACAGGGGCAGGUGGGCUCCGGGUCCGCCACCUGCUGGGGACAGGUGUUGACGCGGGAGCCUGGCUGGCAUCCGGGAGUGACUGGCUCUUCCUCACAGGCUUCAGAAACCUGAUCCAGGGCUGACCCCGCUGACCCGCACUCCUGGUGUCUUUCAGGCAGUGACUUCACAGAGUGACCGCUAAGGAGGAAGAUGGCUGCCCGGGAGCCGGUGCAGAUGGCACUGCUCCUGCUGGGUGUGCUCCUCAGGGUUCAAGGUGCCCACAGUGCGGGCUUCCGGGAAGACUUCCGUUUCUGCGGCCAGCGGAACCAGACGCAGAGGAGCAGCCUCCACUAUUAUCGGUCGACAGAGCUGCGCAUCUCCAUCGAGAACUCCGAGGCGGCCCUCACAGUCCACGCCCCCUUCCCUGCAGCCUCCCCGGCUUCCAGAGCCUUCCCGGGCCCCCGGGGCCUCUACCAUUUCUGCCUCUACUGGAACCGCCACACUGGGAAAUUGCACCUUCGCUACGGCAAGAAUGACUUCUUGCUGAGUGACCGAGCCUCUGACCUCCUGUGCUUCGGGAACCAGCAAGAGAGCCUGGCCCCGGGCCCCGCGAUGCUCGCUACCUCGGUCAGGUCCUGGUGGAGCCCCCAGAACACCAGCCUGCCCAGCGCUGCCGGCUUCACCUUCUCCUUCCACAGUCCUCCCCAGACGGCCUCCCACAACGCCUCCUCGGUGGACAUGUGCGAGCUGAAACAGGACCUCCAGCAGCUCAGCCAGCUUCUGAAGUCUCCCGGGAAGGGGUCCAGGAGGCCCUCGGCCACCCAGGCUGGCCAGCGGCUGCAGAGCCUGGAGUCGAAGCUGACCUCCCUGAGGUUCACGGGGGACGCCAUGUCCUUCAAGGAAGAUCGGGUCAACGCCACCGUGUGGAAGCUCGAGCCCACAGCCGGCCUCCAGGACCUGCGCAUCCACUCCGGGCAGGAGGAGGAGGAGAGUGAGGUCCUGGAGUACUCGGUGCUGCUGCCCCGCGAGCUCUUCCAGAAGACCAAAGGCCGGAGGGAGGAGGCUGCAAAGAGACUCCUCCUGGUGGACUUCAGCAGUCAGGCCCUGUUCCAGGACAAGAAUUCUAGCCAAGUCUUGGGCGAGAAGGUCUUGGGUAUUGUUGUGCCGAAGACCAAAGUAGCCAACCUCUCGGAGCCCGUGGUGCUCACCUUCCAGCACCAGCCACAGCCGAAGAACAUGACUCUACAAUGCGUAUUCUGGGUUGAAGAUCCGGCAUUGAGUAGCCCAGGGAGCUGGAGCAGCGCCGGGUGUGAGACCAUCAGGAGGGAGACGCAGACGUCCUGCCUCUGCAACCACCUGACCUACUUCGCAGUUCUGAUGGUGGCCUCCGUGGAGGUGGACUCCGUGCACAAGCACUACCUGACCCUCCUCUCCUACGUGGGCUGCGUCAUCUCUGCCCUGGCCUGCGUCUUCGCCAUCGCCGCCUACCUCUGCUCCAGGAGGAAGACUCGGGAUUACACCAUCAAGGUGCACAUGAACCUGCUGCUGGCCGUCUUCCUGCUGGAUGUGAGCUUCCUGCUCAGCGAGCCGGUGGCGCUGACGGGCUCCGAGGCCGGCUGCCGGGCCAGUGCCAUCUUCCUGCACUUCUCCCUGCUCGCCUGCCUCUCCUGGAUGGGCCUGGAGGGCUACAACCUCUACCGCCUGGUGGUUGAGGUCUUCGGCACCUAUGUCCCCGGCUACCUGCUCAAGCUGAGCGUUGUGGGCUGGGGCUUCCCGCUCUUCCUGGUGACGCUGGUGGCCCUGGUGGACAUGAACAACUAUGGCUCCAUCAUCCUGUCCGUGCACAAGACCCCGGAGAGUGUCAUCUACCCUUCCAUGUGCUGGAUCCGGGACUCCCUGGUCAGCCACAUCACCAACCUGGGCCUCUUCAGCCUGGUGUUCCUGUUCAACACGGCCAUGCUGGCCACCAUGGUGGUGCAGAUCCUGCGGCUGCGGCCGCACACCCAGAAGUGGCCCCACGUGCUGACCCUGCUGGGCCUCAGCCUGGUCCUCGGCCUGCCCUGGGCCUUGAUCUUCUUCUCCUUCGCUUCCGGCACCUUCCAGCUGGUUGUCCUCUACUUCUUCAGCAUCGUCACCUCCUUCCAAGGCUUCCUCAUCUUCCUCUGGUACUGGUCCAUGCGGCUGCAGGCCCAGGGCGGGCCCUCCCCUCUGAGGAGCAGCUCGGACGGCACCAAGCUGCCCAUCACCUCGGGCAGCACCUCGUCCAGCUGCAUCUAGGCCAGCGGCCGUCCACCCAGUGUGAGGGAGCAGAGACGCCGGCUCUCCUCACCGCCGCCUGCGGCCCCUGCCGCUGGGCCUGGCUGUUGGCCGCUCGGCCGGAGACUUGAGAAGGAAGGCCCCAGGGCCUCAGAGGGCUGGAGCUGUUGCUAUGGCGGCCGGACUCCUAGGCUGGGCCUCAUGCAUUGAUUGGGCUGCGGACAGCUCGGCUCUUAGGCUCAGCUCACAAGGGGCUCUGGAGUGGUGGGACCAUCUUCCUGGCCAUCCGAACCUGGGGCUGAAGGCCAGUCUUAACUCACCAGCACCGGGCUUAGCCCUGGUGGCUGGGGGCUGGGAGCCCGCAGGCCCCAGAGUCUGGUCACGGACCCUGGAGACCUGGCAGCAUCCCUGGUCCUGCGCCCUCACCCGGGACAGAAAUGUGCCACCGCUAUUCUGAUUCCGGCGACCACCACGAGCGUACUUUGCAGCCCCCGUCAUUUUAACCAAGGGUGGCACCCAGGGCAAAAGGGGUUGGGGCCGAGCUUCAGACCCCUGGAGAAGGAGAGUCCCCCGCCCCCGAUCCCCAGCACACAGCAGCAGCUGCCCUACCUCUGAGCCCAGCUCACCCCUUCCUCUCCCCUCCCCUUUCCCAGCCUGGGGUCGCCAAUUCCAAUGGUGUAUUUUGGGUCAUGGUCCCCAAGAGCCACCUGGUGCCUGCUGUAAACCUUUAUCUACUGCAAGGGCCUCUGCUGGCCCCUGACUCAGGCUUAGUAUGUAUGCUCUGGGCUAGGCUCCUUUGUCCAUCUGGGCCUCUCUAUAAGCUGUACCACCCUUGCUCACCACUGCCAAGCCCGCACCUCGCAAGGGACCUCAGCCUCUCCCAUAGGCCUCUGGCGGCAAGAACUGUGGAGCGUAGCAGGCUGUCUUUUCCCACCGCCACACUCCGAAGACUGAGACAUAUCUCCCCUGGCCUGGAGCCCGUCACAGUGAGUUCUGCUGAAUGCAGAGGGCCGGGCCUGCCACUCCCACUGCGAACUUUCAGUCUAGUGUGUGAGGCAUGCGCAAGACAGGACCUCCUGGAGCUGUGGCCAUUGGGUCAGGGGAGCCAUCCUCCUGGCUGGAAAUCCAGGAAGACUUCCUGCAGGAAGCCGCAUUUGAUCUAGACCUCAGCCUUAAACAUGGGGAGGCUUUUCUUUUUAAUGACUAAUUCUUUUGUCUUUGGUAUUAAAAACAAGUACGUGUUCACUGUAGAGAAUUUGGAAACUGUAGAAGAGUGUAAAGAAGAAAAUAAAAAUCAGCUGUUGUCAUCACCAAA